AUGCGUAAAGGCAUUCACAACCGCGUCGUCAUCAUCGGAUGCUCCCUUCAGAAACUCGCGGCGCAGCUCGGGCUCCCGGAGUACCUCCUUCCAGCGGUCCGCAUGCUCGUCGAUGUCCUCUCGGAGCAGAGCAAGCGGCUCUGCCUCUGGGUGCCACAGACCACAGCCUGUACACAGAACGUCACACAAGCACAUUCGUCACACGCAACAGGAACCUGGAACCCGGGGAGGGAACACAAUACAUACCUUGUAUGGAAGUGGGUUCUUGCUGAAGCGAACAUCCCUGUGGAUGCGGAAUAUCUAGGAACAUCAGUCCUUUGCAGGAAGUUCGGGGACGGUGGCAUCCACCUCCGAUAUCUUGGAUGUGAGAGUCUCAACGAAUGUCUCAAAGUCCUUCUUUGCCGCGCGGUAGUCCGGAUCGUGCGCUGCGCAGAGUCAGCCAGCCACUCCAUACUCGCAAGUGAUGUUUCCCACUUACCCUUCAUCCAUUCGCGUUCAUUGUUCUCCGCCAGGUCGAUCAGGAACAGCUUGGUGUUGGGGUGCAGUGUCUCAUCCUUGUAUGGGGUAUUUCCCGCGUCUCGCGCCUUGGGCUUUGCGAUGAUAACUUCCUUUCCGGGUCCCAGGCCGGCCCUGACGCCCUCGCGCCAAAGCUCUUGGCCCUUUGCGCUACUGGCGCUUUGUCGCGGGCCACCCUUGGGGCCGGCCUUUGGUUUGGUGUCUUCCUCGCUCUCGGAAGGCUCCUCCCGCUCUGCCUCUGAGGAAGAUUCCUUUCCUUCUUCGUACGCGGAGCCAGAGGUGGCGCCCUGCGAGUCAUCGGACUCGAGACUAGGUUCGUCAGAGCUUUCCGGUUCGAAGUACUUGCUCUUCUUCGUCGUGGAUUUAGCCCUGCGGUUGGGCAGGUCGACGUUCGACCUGACCCGUUUGACCUCUGGUCCCACGGCGGAAAGUCGAGCUGAAGCGCGUCGCUUUGGCGCCACAGGCGCUUCAGGCGACGCGGUAACAGGCCGAGACGAGGGAGGCAUUCCUAAACAGCUGAACACUGACCUUUGA